AUGGAGGACAUAGAAGAUUUGUUGAUCGGGAGCGGCGGAGGCGGGGCUCCGCCUGGAUUCCGAUUGCCACUCAACACGGUCGCAGUGAAGCCGAAGAAGAAUGUUAAGAAUGGAGCAACGCUGAAUGGUAGCUUGCUCUCGGAUUUGUCUCUCAUCUCCACAGUCCCUGGAACUCAGACGAUAUAUAUCAAGACUUUCGGAUGCUCACACAAUCAGAGUGACAGUGAAUAUAUGGCUGGUCAGCUUUCAUCGUUCGGCUAUGGUCUUAGUGAUGAUCCCGACAAUGCAGAUCUAUGGCUGAUCAACACAUGCACAGUAAAAAACCCAAGUCAGUCUGCCAUGGACACCCUUAUCACAAAGGGUAAAAGUGCACAAAAACCUUUAGUUGUAGCUGGCUGUGUACCCCAGGGAAGUCGGAAUCUGAAAGAGCUAGAUGGAGUCAGUAUAGUUGGAGUCCAGCAGAUAGAUCGUGUGGUUGAAGUUGUCGAGGAGACCCUAAAGGGGCAUGAGGUUCGGCUUCUAACUCGGAAGACAUUGCCAGCACUUGACCUCCCAAAGGUCAGGAAGAACAAGUUUGUCGAGAUUCUUCCAAUUAAUGUUGGCUGUUUGGGUGCCUGCACUUAUUGCAAGACAAAGCAUGCCCGUGGUCAUUUGGGUAGCUAUACCAUUGAUAGUUUGGUAGGACGUGUUAAAACAGUUAUAGCUGAGGGAGUUAAGGAAAUCUGGUUGAGCAGUGAAGACACUGGAGCAUAUGGUCGUGACAUUGGGGUUAAUCUUCCUACUUUGUUGAAUGGCAUUGUUGCUGAACUUCCUCCUGAUGCGAGCACUAUGCUGCGAAUUGGAAUGACAAAUCCUCCCUUUAUUCUUGAGCACUUAAAAGAGAUAGCAGAAGUUUUACGUCAUCCAUGUGUCUACUCAUUUCUUCAUGUACCGGUACAGUCUGGAAGUGAUGCCGUGCUGAGUGCAAUGAACCGAGAGUAUACUGUUAGUGAGUUCAGGACAGUGGUAGAUACAUUGACUGAGCUAGUUCCUGAGAUGCAUAUUGCUACCGAUAUCAUAUGUGGAUUUCCUGGUGAAACAGAUGAAGAUUUUGCUCAAACUGUAAGCCUCAUUGAGGAUUACAAGUUACCUCAAGUUCACAUUUCGCAAUUCUAUCCUCGACCAGGAACUCCUGCUGCCAGAAUGAAGAAGGUUCAGAGUAACAUAGUGAAGAAGCGGAGCCGUGAAUUAACUGCUGUUUUCGAAGCUUUCACUCCUUACAAUGGAAUGGAGGGCAGAAUUGAAAGAGUCUGGAUAACAGAAAUCGCAACUGAUAGAGUUCACUUGGUUGGCCACACAAAGUCAUAUGUCCAAGUGCUCAUAGUUGCUCCACAAACCAUGCUUGGAUCCUCGGCAAUGGUUAAGAUAACAUCAGUUGGCAGAUGGUCAGUUUUCGGGGAAGUAAUCGAGACACUCACUCAAGCUGACAAGAGAACUUCCGCCAAGGAAAGGUUGAGUAGCGAAGUCAACUGUUCCCCCUGUGUUGAUCAAGACGAAAGCUGCUUAUGUUCAGGAGACAAGGCAGCUGCACCUUGUUCUUGUGGCCCUGAGGGUUGUGGAGAACAACAGAACAGUGCUGGAACUGACACUGCUUCGCAUAAUCAACAGUUGCUAGAUGCUCAAGACAAUACAAGUCUGAUAGGAAAUUUUUUGUCAAGGAGGCGAAAAACUUAUCCUACCAGAAAGUUGGAUGAUAGUAGAACUGCUUCAGGUGACAGCCUAAAGCAAGAAAAUAGUAGAGAAGAAGCCCCAGGUGAAUUGGGCUUUGUAGAUAGAGUUUUCCUAGGAGGAUUGAUUCUCAGCUUAUUCACAUUGCUAGCUCUCCUCGUACAUCUCGGAUUUAGAGUUAAAUUAUCUAAGUAG